CGUCGAAGCCGGUACAUAUUCGCCGGAUCGUGGUCCACGUGAGAGCUCCGCUUUUUCUGCGACUUCUUCCCGGCCGCGUACACGUUUUACUUGUCUCGAUCUCUCGAUACCGUAACCUCUCGGGGGUUCGGCUUCGUUCGUCUCAUCGACUGGACCCGGUGCGUGGACCUCGGACCGUUCGUUCGUUCGUUUCUCUUUCUUUUCAUUUCUCUUCUUUUUUUCUUUAUUCUCCUUCCCGAUUUCGCGUGACGCGCGCUUCGUUCCCGACCAAGUGGCCUGGUCGAUCCACCCGUCGAUCGACGUUUCGGGCCCCAAUGAAUCUUUCAUCUCGACCCUCUCGUUAAGGCGUCGACGAGAUCUUCCGGCUCGCGAACGACUUUUGCCGUCGCGACGGCCGAACGUGGACACCGCGACACACCGGUGAAAAUCGUGGAUGGGCUCCGGGGAAUGCGCGCAAGAACCCGGUGAGCCUGGAACGAGAUUUCGUAGAUCCGCGGACUCCUUUCUCGGCGCUCGUAAAAAAACUAGCAUAAUUUACGACCCGCGACGGCCGAGAACCGUGAUCUCGAGUCGGUGGUCCGCGAACGCCGAAAAUAUCGCGGAGCUUUUAACAGGAGCCAGUGAUCGUCGCGACGACGAUUGGACUGAAUGUUUAUGGAUUAGUUUUGUGAAGUGAUGAGCUAGUGACAUUGUUUCUUUGGACCGUCUCGUAAGAAUCGAUUCGAUUCUGUUGUUAUUCUAUACGCUGGAAGUAAUGAACUUGUCAACGUCCGUGCUGCAUUCAAGAAAUCAAUAAUUUUUCUUCUUUACAAACUUAGCUACCAUAAUUUUACUGUGAGACGAUGGUCUAUUAAGUAUACAAAAGGAGUCAUUGCUAACUGCGUUGUACUGCAAGCGACGAAUGGUAAACGCAAACGUCAAUAAUAGUGAACGUGAAUUCAACAUGAGAAAGACGUCAUCGGCAUUGAAUGCGUUAAACGAUAAUCCUAAAAAAACUAUUACACCGUCAUUCUCAAGAUGACUGGAUGCGCAAUUGCGUCCGCUACAACUAUAAAAAGAUCAACUAAGAAGUCUAUAACUUACUGAAAGACUCAAACAACAACUAAUAAUUGCUGCCAAGAUUACGUAAAAAGUCAGACUAACUUAAUACAGAUUUUAAUAUUCAUCGCAUCAGCAAUUCUACAUUCCACCUCGCAGCUCGCAAAACAGGAAAAUAUUGAACAAAACAUCGCUCCAGAAAGAUACUACCAACAAAUGCUAAAGCCCAACGUCUCUAUCAACCAAUCAAGCUCAAACUCCCCAAAUGCUACAUCCUCGCGAGUCCCGCUAGAUCCAGCGAGAUAUCUCACAAGGUCUAACACCUUUGACAUGUCAGCGCGAUGACAGACGCGCGUAGGAACGAGAGCCGGUCCUUCCGAUGAGCAUGGGGUAGAAAUGCACCUCGGAAGGUCAAUCUGGACUCGGGGCGUGUUGGCCCUCGGAGUAGGGGCCGUGUUCCUACUGGGAUGGAGGAUCGACCUGGAUGGCGGCGAGUCGUCUGGCCCGCUCGCUGGCGACUCGAUCCCGAGCACGGACAACGUCUACUUCGUGUCUUCCCCUUCACUGCGGGCCCUGGACAGCCGGAAGGGAAAAGAUCAGCAGCCGAAUGGCGAGCCAAUGACAGACAAGACACGAAAUCGACGCGUUGACCGGAAUGCCAAACUCGACGCUGCCCCAGGGACGAGUUAUUCCGACAUUCGACUAUCGACGUCGAAGCAGGUUAAUAGUUUAGAGAAUUAUCGCGGAGCUGGGCGUGGUAUAGGACAGGCUGCAAGUGGUGCAGCUUCUCGCAGCGAGCCGGAUAAUGAACAGGUGUUAAAAAUUAAGCAGAUGCGUGAAAAUGAACUUUUGAACGAAGACAGUCGACUCGGUAUUGACUCAGUCCUAAAUAAGGAGAGUGUCUACCUCGUGUCUGAAUCUUCAUUAUCAACCCAGAGCAGGAAGGAAGAUCACCUACCGAAUGAUGGGUCAGAAAUAGAGGACACGCGGAAUCCCGCGAAGAGCGAUCAUUCGCGACGCGUCGACCGGAGUGUUGAACCCGACGCUAUCCCAGGAACGAGUUAUUCGGACAUUCGGCUUCCCACAUCGGAACAGGUUAACAUUUUAAAGGAUUAUCGCGAAGCUGGACGUAGGUUAGGACAGGGAGCAAGUGACCUAGCGUCGCGCGGCGAACCGGAUGAUGAAGAAACUAUUACGGUGCUCGGGAGCGGAAGGACGCGUGAAAAUGAAUUUUUGAAUGAGGACGAGGAGACUCGGGGAACGUUGAAUGACUCCGCAGCCGGUGAAAGGAGUGACGUGAAACUGAAUUUCUCGCGGCGAGUGAAUGGGGAUUCUAUGAAUGAAGUCGGGAUGAGCCCGGCGAGCGACCGCUCCAGGGAUCGCGGUUUUUCGGUUCUUGUGAAUGGGGAUGAGGACAGGGUCGAGGAAAGCGGAGAAGUCGAUGAUGCAAGGACAGGAUAUUUGCAUUCUUUAAAUAAUAAUGUGAGGGUAGAGGAAGACGCAGGACACAGUGACAGGACAGAUGUGUUUCAUUUAGCAUCUCGAAGUUUGAUUGAUCAUGACGUCGCGCUGGUGAAGAAUGAUGAACAACGGUCUAAUGAAGAAUCUGGUUCAAACAGACACAGUGAACUAGUUAACGAAAAUAAUCAAAGAAGUUUGAAUCUAGGCACUUUCAAGAAGGUUAUUAACCAGUUUCAAAAUGAUGACAACUCUCUAUACAAAGUCAAAGUUUCCAAAAAGGAAAAACACGAAGGAAGCUCAAACGAAAAGGAGGACGGGUCGAUGCAAAAAUUACCUCUCCGGGUGAGGGCAAGGUUCAUGCAGCGUCUCACCGGAAUGCGAAAGAACCGAGAUCUUUUUUUUCGCCGGGACCAAGGACCAAUUCGGUCUUCCGCAAAGAUGGUGGAAAGAGGAACACGUGGGAUUGCGUCCCCUGACAAAUCACGCAGCACUGCGAUCGCUUCUUUGAAUCUUCGCGCAAAUCAUGAAGAUAACAAUGAACACCUAACGUCUGGUUCUAUAAAUCGUGUACGCGAAGUGGGUACGUCGUCGUCGUUGGUGGUUUCCAAGAUUCACGGAGGAGUCGAAAGAGAUCGAUUGAGAGUUUCAACCGCGGCGAUGGACGGUAAAAACGAAGUGAUGCGAACGGACGGAGGAUUUGAUUCGCGGAACGCGUCUUCGAGCAUUCGAGGGACAAGCGGUGGCACACGUGCGACGGAUGCGAAAUCGGACAAUCACAAAUCGUCCUUAUUCCCUUAUGGAGGAGGUGACUCGCGGCGCGACGAGGGAAUCGGCGUUCGCCGAAAGAGAUACACGAAUUAUUAUUCGCCGCAGUCCGUCACCCCCAUGGCGUACGUUCACAUACAGCCCGCGUAUCCGGUGCCAGCGCCUCCACCCGCGAACCGGAAAUGCGUACGGUGCAUGGUCGUAUACAAACCGUGUCCACCACCGUCAAGACCGCCACCGAGGAUUGUUCAUCCGAAUUACAGGUACCAGGACGUUGCUAUGAAGUGGCAUGGGCUCAAAUACGGUUGUCGAUGUAGUAAUCUCGGUUCAAUAAACACUGCCUGCGAUAUCGUAACAGGACAGUGCCAUUGUAAACCAAACGUGACCGGCAGACAGUGCGACCAGUGUUUGACCGGCUUCUGGGGUUUCGCAUCGGGAGCGGAAUGCGUUCCUUGCGAGUGCGAUCCUUUUGGUGCGCACAAUUCUUCCUGCCAUGACGUUACAGGACAGUGCUAUUGUAAGCCAGGUGUUGGUGGAACAAGAUGUGAUGUCUGUUUACCUGGUUAUUAUGGAUUUUCUUCAAAUGGAUGUCAAGUUUGCGACCCGUGUGUGCGAGCUGGUCACAUAUGUGACCCUGACACAGGUCGUUGCAUAUGUCCAACCUUGACAUUCGGCGAACACUGUGACAGAUGUAGACCAGGCUCCUGGGAUUUGGUCCCAGGAGUAGGCUGCAGAUCUUGCGACUGCACUUUGGGUUCUACGAAGUCUCAAUGCGAUCUUCGAGGACAAUGUCCGUGCAGAAUAGGAUACGACGGUCUCAGAUGCGAGAAAUGCGCGAAAGGGUACUACGGUUAUCCGAGGUGUCGACCGUGCAGUUGUGAUUUAACGGGUACCUUGCAGUGCGAUGACGGGCCCUGUGACUGCGACGACGAAGGACAGUGUUUGUGCAAGGAACAUGUACUGGGAAGACAGUGUAAUAAAUGCCGAGAAAAUACUUUUGGACUGGCAAUGGACAAUCCUAAAGGUUGCACUGAGUGCUUCUGCUUUGGAAGAACAACUUCUUGCCAGCAAGCUGAUUUCGGCUGGGGGCAACGUAGACUAACACGACCGCGAACGCUUUACGUAAAUGACACUAUUAACGAUAUUACAAUUUCCAAAUAUAGAUCACAAAUUGUUCUGACUCCUACUAAUGGCGGUUUGAACGUAACCAAUGGACUUUCGACGAUUCCAGACUUCGAAGGUGAUGUCACGAUACCUUCGAAUCUGUAUUACAAUUAUCCACUUUAUUGGAUGUUACCUGAGCCCUUUCUCGGUGACAAGGUCGUUUCCUACGGCGGAUUUCUAAGAUUUACAACUUUAACAGAAGGUGGAAUACCUCUGAGAACAACCCUGCAAUAUCCAGUCGUGCAAUUACAAGGAAACAACAAAAUUGUUUUGGAAUAUUAUUUACCUUUACCCGUGAAUAACAAUCACUACGAAGUCAGAUUUCACGAAUCUUUAUGGCAGCUACAAAAUAGACCAGAUUAUAAAGUCACGAGGGAAGUGCUGAUGGUAGCACUGCAGAACGUGCAACAUAUUCUCGUGAAAGCUUGCGAUAACGUGGAAUUCUCGAGAGCAACUUUACUCGAAGCUUCCAUAGACGUCGCAGUAUUAACACCCACGCAUACGCCAUUAUUUGCGACCGGGGUCGAGUUUUGCCAAUGUCCACCGGAAUACAACAGUACAUCCUGCCAGGAUCCAAGCAUCGGGUAUUACAGGUGGUAUCAAAACACAACUGUCACAUCGACUAUAGUUAUUGAUCUCGUCGGACAAGCUAAACGCUGCCAAUGUAACGGAAGAUCCGAGAUAUGCGAUAGAGAAACGGGACAUUGUCUGAAUUGUCGCGGGAAUACUGCGGGACCCAGGUGUGAUGUCUGCGCAGACAGUUUUUACGGACAUCCGGAUUUCGGUGGUUGCAUGCCAUGCCCUUGUCCUCAAACGGAUAAAAGGUUUUCAAACACCUGUAUGGUCCGCGCUGACACUGAACCCAUUUGCGUUUGUAAACCUGGUUAUACUGGCAGAAAAUGCGAACGAUGCUCUUACGGAUAUUACGGACUUCCGGAUCUGCCUGGCGGUAAAUGCACACCGUGCAAGUGCAGUCCUGCUGGGAGUGUAAGCGACGAAUGCGAUAUGGAGACCGGACAAUGCAGAUGCAAACCUGGUUCUACAGGACGAGACUGCUCUGAAUGCACAACGUAUCGACAUGUUUUUAUAAACAACGUUUGCACAUCGUGCGAUGACAAUUGCACUGGCGUAUUGCUUGACACCGUAGAGAUGUUGUCUCAAGAACUAGCAAAUCGUACCAGUCACAUAGCUAAUGGUUACAUUCCACCACCAUGGGAAGAACUGUCGUACAUCGAAUCCAACGCUACUGCGUUUAUCGCAGAAACUGAUCUUCAAAAUCGUUUAAAGCAGAGACUGAAGAAUAUUCCCUGGCACGAAUACAAGAAACUUAUGAUGCACGCGGAAACAUUACUUAGAACUGCAAAUGAACAAGCAAUACAAGCAGAUACUUUAAAAUUAAAAAGCGACGACUUUAAGAACAAUAUAUUUAGCGGGAAGAUUGAAGCAGAGAACUUAAAAAAAUUCAUUCAAGAAACAGUCUAUCAGCUAACACAGUACAGUAACGAUAACAAAAGGGUAGAAAUCAAGAAAGCCUUGAAAAUGGCGAAAAUGCUACUGAAUAAUUUGAAAGCUGUAAAUCUACCUAGGAGAACAAUGGAAAUAGAAAACUUCCUCGAGGAUGUCGCAGAAUAUACCGAGAGACUAAACUCUUUGUACGAUGCAACCGAACCCUUAGCAAUCGCUCAAGAUGACGCAGAGGAAUACUGGUUGAAAGUAAACGACAUGAGACACGUCAUAGAGAGCACAAUGGAAACGUUGUUCACGUACGACGGUUCAUACAACAAUAUUAAUGACAGUCUAACGAAAGCAAGAGCACAUUGUAAUGACAUUACCGUUAUAACAAACGAAGUUAAUAAAUCCAUUAGUGAAGGUGAAAAAUUAACUGACGAGACACGUGGUUUCAUUAUUGACAUUCAAAACAACAUACAGGAUUUCCCAGAAUUGCAAAACAAAUUGUCUUACUGGUUUGAAAAAUUAACUAUGAAGGAAGAAUUACUGUACAGAUUAAACUAUGAAUAUAAUGAAAAAUACGUGGUGCCAGCUAUGCAGCAUUCGAAGAAUAUAACAGACUAUGUCGAUCAGUACGUUAGUCUGUUUUCCGAGACAAGAAACACCGCAGCUAAUCCGUUGAAGGCCAGUCAGGCGUACAAGAAUAUCGUCGAUAGUAUUAGACUAGCGAAUGUUACGGCAAUGGCGGCCAAAGAACUUACCGAGGACGUAUAUAACAAGGCAUUUCCCAAUGGUGACAAUUCGAAGUCACUGUUAGACAAUACGAAAGAAAUAUCAAUGACGUCGACCGAACAAUGGGAAAAUGCCAAAAAGCACGGAACGAUGGUUAAGAAUGCGAAUGACCAAUUGGACGUUCAAAAGCAAGCAGUAACGAUUUUGAAAAAUACGUUGAACAGUACUGGAAUAAGAGACAAUCAAGUCAAUUUGAAGUUGCAGAAUUUGCAAGAUGAUAGUAAAAAAUUACGUGAAAAUAUCAAGAAUUUAUUAAACGACAACGAUAAGGUGUUAGAAGGCACCAGAGAAACACAGAAACUCAUUGAUGAUUACAACAUAGGAAUUUCAGAAAGGUUGAAACCGAAAUUGAACGAUUUGAAGAGAGAAGGUGACUCGAAAAUCAGUUUAGCCAGUGAAAAAUUGACAGAGGCAUUGAGUAAUAUAAAGAAAGCAGACGCAAAAUUAAUUAGCUUAUCGAAUGCGGCCGUAAAGAGGAAAAAUGAAUUUGACAAGUGGAACGAUACGUUAGCUACAAAAUUACAGAAUCUUAAAGACAAAAUCACCGAGGCUAGAAAUACUGCUGACGGGAUUCGCGUAUCGUUAAAGUCUGCCGACGGUAAAGAAUGCAUUCGAUCGUAUAGACCGUCUAUAUUGCAACCAACAUCAACGAACACCAUUAUAAUCACUUUCGCGCUCCCCAAAGGGCGGAAGGAGGGUGCCCUUUUCUACUUGCCAAGCAGUGUAAAUGAUGAUUUUCUAGCUUUGGAGAUUCUUAACAGGAAAGUGAGAUUUCUAUGGAACGUUGGCGGAGGUACAGGAGUUUUGACUCACCCCGAAGUGAUCGAGAGCGGUGAUCUUCAGGAUGAUAGAUCGUGGUAUCGUAUUGAAGCUGAAAGAAUUCGUCACGUAGGUAAAUUGCUUGUUCGGAAACAGUCAUCAAUAUCCGGAGGAUAUCGGUAUGUGACGAAUUCAUCGGAUUCGGAGUACGGUCGAUUCGAUAUUACCACGUCAGACCGCGUGUGGAUUGGAGGUGUUCCUAGGUCUCAGCGUAGGCGCACGGAGCUUAUGGCGAUGAAUGGACUUCCGGGUUGCGUGCACCAAGUCAUUUUAGACGGUAAAAUUAUCGGUCUUUGGAAUUUCAUCACCACAGCACCGGAUAUGGCUUGUCAAGCCUGCGUAGAAAGAGUGGAAGAUGCCAGGGAUGACGCAUAUUACAGUUUCAAUGGACAAGGUUAUGCCGUCAGAAAUCGGGUUUCCUCAGGACCAUACGACAAAUAUACUUUCGGAGUGUCGAUUAGCUUCCGGACCUAUGACGAAAAUGCUUUACUGUUUUUGGCUAUCAACCCAGAUAAUAAUCAACAUAUCAUGAUAUUCCUACGAGAAGGAAAAGUGAUCCUGCACGUGGGAUAUGGCGGUAAUGUUAGCAUGGAGAUGUCAUCAAAGCACAAAUACAAUACUGGAAACUGGACCAAAGUAGACGCGUUCCGACAGUAUCAACUUCGUAAGAAUAUUGAGAAGUGCAGCCUGAGCAUCGGCGGGGAAGCUGACAAGAGAAUCGGUGCACCAACGCCUCAGCCCAAAACAGAGGACAUACCUGACCUAGCGCAAGCGAAAUACUAUAUCGGCGGUGUGCCGCCUAGUUUCCGCGCGGAUAAAUUAAUACUACCACGUCAAGUUUCUUUCCUUGGCUGCAUGUCUAACAUCAUCGUUCAAGAGGGAUACGAUCCAAUGGCGGAGCAGUAUUAUGGCGUUGAGCCUAGCUGUGGAAAUAAGCCAUUAAAAGUAGUAGGAUUCUACGGUGACGGGUACUUAGAACAUUCAGCAUAUACGCUGCGCAAAAUUCAUUUUGUGGUAAGCUUUUCCUUUAGGACGUUGCAGGAACAAGCGGUCCUUCUGCUGUCCACGUUUGAAGGACAAAAAGAGCGGAUAAAUAAUAUACGACACGCAAACGAAGAAUCAAAUAAAGACAAUUAUUACUCAGUAUGCGUGAUGAAUGGUCAAGUACAAGUUCGAUUGAAUGGUGGAAAAGGAGAGCUCGUCUUGCAAUCAAAUGAUACUUUCAAUGAUGGAAGAUAUCACUCGGUAACUAUUAUUAAAAGAAGAAAGGAUGUUGAAUUAAGAAUUGACGAUGCUUACCAAACCACUGGGAGAUUACCAACGAGCGCCGCAAUUAAAGCUCCCGAAGGUGGUGGUGGAUUAUUUUUCGGAGGUUUACCAGUACUCAUUAACAAUACCAAAAUGAUUGCAACGAACAUUCCUUUAUAUGGUGCAAUUAAAGAUGCAAUAUUUAAUGAUGAAAUCAUUCGAUUUGAUGAAGUUGCUAAUUUUGAGCACGCUCUCAUUGGUCGUUCUGGGCCAAGCAUGGGAAAAGAAUCUCCUAUUUAUACACCAUCAGCGUCGCUGUCAAGAGGAAUGUCUACUCAGCCGGAGGGAUGUCAGAAAGUCCCAUACUACUCGUUGGAACCUGGUGCUCUAAAGUUUGGAGACAAAGCAAACAGCCACACUCAGCUCUAUCUAAAUUUUAAGAAAUUUUGGGAAAAAAAGUAUGCAAUAGAAUUUGAUUUUAGGACGUAUUAUCCAAAUGGACUGCUAUUUAUUACUCCGGGACUUAGACCAAAAAAUUAUCUAAUGAUCGUAAUACGAGAUGGUCAGCUUUUACUCCUAGUAAAAAGUAAGCAGAAGAGAGAAAUACUGUUCAAAACACCGUUCAAUGAUGGUAAUUGGCAUCACGUCGUAAUUAGCCAUGACGAAAGGAAACUAACGUUGCUCGUUGACACGCAAACGCCACGCAGAAUCAAAGUCCCAAGGAAGAUUGGUUUGGCUUCUAUGAUGUAUAUCGGAGGACUUCCCGAAAGUGGGACACCAAUACCCGAACAAGUUGUAGUUAAACUUGAGACACUGAAAGGGUGCAUCAGAGGCUUACGAGUAAAUGGAAACGUGUACGAUAUGGUUGGUUCAACGAGCAGAGCAUACCAUGUUGGCCAAUGUUUCCCAAACGUUGAAAGUGGAGCCUAUUUCCAAGAUGAAGCAUAUGCAAUAUAUAAAAGAAAUUUCGAGUUAGGUGCUGUGCUAGAAUUGCAGUUGGAAUUUAGAACAUCAGAAUUAUCUGGUGUUUUACUUUCCAUAACAGCACCUGGCAAUUCGCCCUCGCUGUCACUGGAACUGAAUAAUGGCAAAGUGAUCAUGUCGGGUGAUCUAGGAGACAAUAAACCGUUGUAUGUAGAGCAGCCUUUUGCCAAUCCAUAUACAAUUUGUGACAACCGAUGGCACAGAAUACAAGCAGUUUAUAAUGACGAGGAGUUGGCAUUAAAAGUCGACGAGAUGGAUCAUAAAUAUGGUCUUCCAGCUAAUGUCAAUUACCAUAUAAUGGACUCUACUGUCCCUGGGCCUCUGUAUAUUGGUGGCUUGCCAGCUUCUGCUCCAAAAGGUACAUUAAUAACACGGGAUCACUUCAACGGAUGCAUAAGAAAUGUAAUGAUAGGUGGCGAGAGACGCGAUUGGACAGACAUGGACGAGCUGCAUAAUAUUCACUUGAGUUCCUGCCCUGUACAAUGAUGAUCAGUACAACAUGCCAAGUCCUUCAAGUUAUUCACUUUAGUUCCAAAGACUGUUCGAAAUACGCACAAAGCUUAAAAUGUUACUGUGAACUCUAUUUAAUGCAAUCGCACACUGGGAUCAAGUGCCAUAUCAUGAUGGAAAAACUGUAAUUGUUAAGAUGUAAGACUAAACCAAGCCAAAAGAUGCUAACUUACGAACAUAGAAAGUUUACAUCUGUGUUUCUCAAACUUGUUUUCUUAUAGUGAUGCAUAUCUGCAAAAUAUUGCAUGAUGAUCGCAUACGUCAUACAUUUACUAGAAACUUAUGAAUUUCAUUUGGACCACAUGAGUUUUAUAAUUGUUUUGUAACAAAUUAACAAAAAUCUAUUUAAAUUGUAUAAAUAAUAAAAAAAUAAUAACUUAGAUAUUUAUUUUAAUAAUCAUAAAUAUAUUCGUUGUUCUUGUAUUCUAUUAACUGUUGCUACUAAUGCAAUUUAACUAACAUUCAUUUAUUAUCAGCCAGGUUUCAUAGCAAGCGCAGCAAUCAUAUAUAGAUGGACAUUCAAAACUUACGCAAAAUACACGAAGUUAAAGCAUUUCGUUAUUCUUCACAUUGUCAUUCCAAUAGGUAUCUUAAUACAUAAUACUGACACUCAAUAACAAAUAUUCUUGAGAUUUCGCAUUCUAAAGAUAUGCCAAUAAAUCUCACGAUUAAAUAAUACAGUACAAAGGUAAAGUGCAGAAUCAAAAAAAGUAAUUUAUAACAUUACAAAAGUCAAACAGCGAUACAAAAAAUAUUGCAUACUAAUUAUGAAAUGCAUAUGUAAUAAGUGGUAAAAAUAAAAGCUAUUAUUCAUUUCUAUAGUAAUUUGAAUAGAAGGUAUCUUCUAAACAAUGAUUUAAAAAAACAAAAAAACAGUUUGAGAAACGACUUUUAGAUCGUUGACAAAUUAUGGCACAAAUUCACGUCGAAUUAUAUAUCGUAAACCGAAUGUAAAAUAAAUGUUACGACAUACAUGUAAGUAGCAUGAUCACUGCCAUAUAGUUUAAUUAUAAUACACUUGUAAGUCACAAAACAAUUGUACAUCAGUAUUUAAAGUUAUUU